AUGUCCGCGAUGCGGGAAUCGGGUUUUGAUAGCCCUGCCGCCCUGCGCAUGCGGCAGCCCGACCAGCAGCACAGCGCACUGGACCGCCUGCCAGACGACGCGAUCGAGCGCGUCGUGGCUGCGCUCAAGCCGGACAAAGUGCGGGCUCACGCACGCUUGGCCUGCAAGCGACUGCAAGCAGCAGUCGACGCCGACAUGCGCUGCGUGCCGCUCGGCCACGGCGGCGCGCUGCCGCGCCUCUCUACCCUAGCGGCGCGCUUCCCUCGAGCCACCAAGUUGCAGCGCCAUAUCCUUGUCGGAGAGGAGCUGCCUGAACUUCUGCGCGAGUUGGCAGCCCUUCCAGUUGGCGCCUGGCCGGUCGUGACCUGCACGUCCGACGUGGUGCUGGGCUUCUGCCGUGACAACGCAAAGCUCCUUGCGCACCUGGCGCGCCUCUGCCCCAACAUUGAGGAGAUCGCCCUCACGCUGCCAUACAUUACCCAAGCAAUCCUGGUGGAGCGGAAGCGCGCCAUGUCCAACAGCAACAACGCGUUGCACGCGUGGGGGACUGCUGGGGACGCAUACGGCGCUGUCGCUGAUGCACUCAAGGCCAUGCCAGGCCUGAAGCGCCUCGAGCUGGGCCUCGGCACGGACCACACAAACCCUAAAUGGGACGAGACCAAGCCGCUGGACGAUGAUGUCUACAAACCCUACAACAACGGCUACUACGCAUACAACGCCGAAUACUCUGACGACGACGCGGACGGCGAUGAGAUGGAAGCGCCACCGCCACCCCCGCCGCCGCCACGAGCGCCGCGCGGGCCGCACCCCGAGCACAUCGUGCUGCCGCUGCUGUGGAGCACCCUGGCAGGCCUAACUGCGCUGGAAAAGCUGACCCUGAAACGACCCCUGGGCGCGCCGGGCCUGCAGCUGGCAUCUUUGGCCAGCCUACGGCACCUAUCUAUCCAUUUCAGCGGGACGUCGCCCUUUCCAGUGUUUCAGGCGGUGUUGCACCCGCUCACGCGCCUGACCCGCCUGGAGAUGAAGAUUGGGCACUAUGUGCGCGACCACCUAGAUCCAGCGUCCGUCGCCACCGUCUUCACCGCCUGCCCGCGGCUCCUGGAGCUUCGCCUGGUGGGUGUGCACGGCGUCAAGGGCCUGCUGGUUGCCGGCAGCGCUGUGCUGCACCACCUCACGCGCCUCGAGCUGAGCGAGGUGGUCGACGUCGACGAACGCAUCCAACACCACGCUGACGAGGACGAUGACGAGGACCAGCAAGAAGGCGGCGAGGGCGAGGAGGGCGCCGAGGGGGACAGGGCCCCUAUGGCCAUUGCCGGCGUCCGCGGCCUGGUGCGCUUUGCGCCCUCCCUGCGCUACCUGUCGGUCGACGGGGCCUGCAGUUGCGCACGCCUCGCGGCAUCGGGCCACCCUCUCCUGGAGGACCUCAUCGUCGCGUCGGACCACGCGCACAAGUACGGCACUGGCGAUGCAGCGCCCCGCUGGCUGAGCGCGGCCAGCGGCAUGCCGUCGCUUGGCAGGCUUGAGUGCUGCCUCACCAGCGCCAGCUUCCCGGGGGACCUCGCCCGCAACGAAUUCCGGCGCCUCGCCAACCCCGCCGCCAGCGACCCAGAGCACACCUUUGCCGGCCACUUCAGGCGUUGGGUGCGCGGCUGGGGCUUGCUGCGGUCCCUCAAGCUGGACGUGGGCGACCUCACCGGGUACCUGCCCCUGGGUGAUGUCAUCGCCACCCUCGCAUCCUCCCCGCUCGCGGCCUCUCUCACCACGCUGACGCUCACCGCGCCCUCACACCUGGGCGGCUUGGCCUCCCUGGCGUGCCUCAUCCCGGCCGAGCCGCUGGCGGGUCUGGCCGGCUUCCCGCGGCUCGAUUCGCUGCGCCUUGCGUUCACGGACGCCGCGCUGCCAGGCGGCUUUGUCCUGGUCGGCAAAGUGAGGCUGGACGACGCCAGGCUCCGCGCACUGCUGGGGGCGCCGCGCCCCGUGCGCGCGCGUGCGCCGGUGCUGCGGCGCAUCGUAAUUGCCCUGACCCGGGCGCAGGUGGUGGAGCCGCGCUCGACACGGCACAAGGCGCAGCUGCCGGCGCCCGUCAGCUGGCGCUGCUGCAUGGAGCUGCGCGCCGCCCACCCCGGGCUGCAUUUUGAAGUCGAGUGA